UAUUUCCAGCUGUCCAGACUAUUAACCCCUAGCAAUCGCUUCUUCUCUUUCAUUCGUUAAACCCUAAAACCCUGCUGCUCGCAAGCAGAUACAAUCUUCAAAAAUGUCGGCGGCGGCAAUAGUUCAGAAGAAGAAUUACAAGUGCUUCAAGUCUCUGGAACAAUUCUACAGCGGCGGCCCUUACUCCGUAUCUCCCGACGGCUCUUUCAUCGCCUGUGCUUGCGACGAGACCAUCAAAAUCAUCAAUUCAUCUGAUGCCUCUGUUAAAUCAACUAUUGAAAGCGAUUCCACAUCUGUCACUGCUCUUUGUAUUAGUCCCAAUGCGAAUUUCCUCUUUUCUUCUAGCCAUUCUAGACAAAUUAGGGUUUGGGAUCUCUCCACUCUCCAGUGCUUGCGCUCCUGGAAGGGACAUGAAGGUCCGAUUUCGGGAAUGGCGUGUGAUGCUUCCGGUGGAUUGCUGGCGACAGCUGGUAAUGACGGUAAAGUGAUGGUCUGGGAUGUUGAUGGUGGAUUUUGUACGCAUUACUUUAAAGGUCACACAAUGGUUGUGUCGACUGUUAUGUUUCAUUCUGACCCUAGUAAAUUACUUCUUUUUUCUGGAAGUGAGGAUACAACUGCACGUAUCUGGGAUCUUACAACAAAGAAAUGCAUUGCAUCACUACAAAAACAUCAGUCGGCCGUGACAUCCAUAGGAUUAUCUGAAGAUGGAUGGACUUUACUUACUGCUGGGAGGGAUAAGCUUGUGUACUUGUGGGACCUUCAUGAUUAUAGUUUUAAAUCCAGUGUAGUAGUACAUGAGUCUGUUGAAGCAAUCUGCGUUAUCCAUUCUUCGUCUCCCUUCGCUUUAUGUCUAGCAUCCUAUGUACAAGUGCUUGAAAAGCAAAGAAAGGGUAAAGGAAUACAAUUCAUAACUGUAGGUGAACGUGGAAUUGUACGAAUAUGGGACUCUAACGGCGCAGUAUGCCAUUUUGAGCAGAAGUCCUCGGAUUUUGCUGUUGGUUCUGAAGACAACAGAAGAGGCUUCACCUCUGCUGUUAUGUUGCCCUCUGGUCAAGGUUUGCUUACUGUCACAGCAGAUCAGGAGUUUCUUUUUUAUUCCCCGACUGAAACCCCUGAUGGUUUGAAUUUAAACCUCAACAAACGGUUAGUUGGAUAUAACGAGGAGAUAGUUGACAUGAAGUUUUUAGGCGAGGAAGAGCAAUUCCUUGCUGUUGCUACAAGUGUUGAACAAGUUCGAGUGUAUGAUCUUGAUUCCAUGUCAUGUUCGUAUGUAUUAGCAGGUCAUACCGACAUUGUUUUGAGCCUCGAUACCUGUGUAUCAACUUCUGGAAGAACUCUUAUUGUCACAGGGAGCAAGGACAAUACUGUUCGAUUAUGGGAAACAGAUAGCAGAUGUUGUAUUGGAGUAGGCGUAGGCCAUCUAGGAGCUGUAGGAGCUGUUGCUUUCUCGAAGAAAUCAAGAAAUUUUUUCGUUAGUGGUAGUACUGAUUGUACCCUGAAGGUUUGGAGUUUCGACGGCCUCUUAAAUGAUGGAGACUCAAGUUUAAAAGUUAAAGCCGCUGCGGCUUCCCACGAUAAGGAUAUUAACUCCAUAGCUAUUGCACCAAAUGAUAGUCUUGUCUGCAGUGGUUCCCAGGACCGUACUGCAUGCAUACGAAGGCUUCCAGAUCUUGUGUCUGUCACUGUGCUUAGAGGACAUAAGAGAGGAAUUUGGUCUGUAGAGUUCUCUCCGGUUGAUCAAUGUGUAAUAACAGCUUCUGGCGAUAAAACGAUAAAGAUAUGGGCUAUUUCUGAUGGUUCAUGUCUGAAAACAUUUGAAGGCCAUACAUCAAGUGUACUCAGAGCAUUUUUCGUAACUCGUGGAAGCCAGUUUGUUUCAUGUGGUGCUGAUGGUUUGGUGAAGCUGUGGACUGUUAAAACUAAUGAGUGCAUUGCUACUUAUGAUCAACACGAGGACAAAGUUUGGGCCUUGGCUGUUGGAAAGAAAACAGAGAUGCUUGCAACUGGUGGCGGUGAUGCAGUUGUCAGCUUGUGGCAUGAUUCUACCACAGCUGAUAAAGAGGAAGAAUUUCGGAAGGAAGAGGAAAGUGUUUUAAGAGGCCAAGAGCUGGAGAAUGCUGUUUCAGAUGCUGACUACACUAAAGCAAUCCAAAUCGCUUUUGAGCUUCGGAAACCUCAUAAACUUUUUGAUUUAUUUUCUCAACUCUGCAGUAAAAGAGAUGCCGAACAUCAGAUAGAGAAAGCUCUUUCAGGUCUUGAGAAGGAACAGUGGCAUCUAUUAUUGGAGUAUGUCAGAGAAUGGAAUAUAAAACCAAAGCUCUGUCAUAUUGCACAGUUUGUGCUUUUCCGGAUUUUCAGAAUUCUUCCUCCGACAGAGAUUGUUGAGAUAAAAGGUAUUGGAGAACUUCUAGAAGGUCUCAUUCCGUACUCCCAGAGGCAUUUCAGUCGGAUAGAUAGGCUUGAAAGAAGCACUUAUCUUUUAGACUAUACUCUGACAGGAAUGUCUGUAAUUGAACCACACACAGAGGAAGUGGUGUCGAGAAGCGGUGCCACAAAACAAAAUAAGGAUUCUAAUGAUGGUAGAUUAGUAGAAUUUCAAGAAGAGGUGCAAGAGCACGAUGCUGUAGAGGAAGAAGUUAAGAUUUCUUCAAAGAAACGAAAGUCGAAGGGAUCCAAAGACAUUGCAAGUAAGAAAAAGAAAGGGGUGGCUUAUUUGAAUGUCUCAACUAUUACAUCGGAGGCAUAAGUCAUGUGAAAAUGUCUUUCCUCGAAAUUUUUGUGACGCCCUCUUGGUCGAGAUCCAGUUGUGAAGCGGCAGCAGGUGUUGUAUUAUUUACUCAUUCAUGUUCUUGUAAUUGCCAUUUUUGCUCGGCCAUUCUGGUUGUAAGAUUAUGAUUAAUGUGUAACAUUUUAUAGAAAUUAUAGCAUGGUAUGCAAAUUUGAUAUAUGUUUUUUGAGUUUA